CUGAGAAGGCGGUCAUUUACUGUCAGUCGUGCUUUCAAUAUGUUGGAUUGACUUUAACGGUAACAAAUCAACUUAAAGCGGGGAAUUAUUUAAAAAGACAGACCAAUUAGUGCGGUUUAUGGAGGAAGUUCAGGGUGUGUAAUGGGUUAACGUCGGCAGGCCUCUCCUCACCUUUAGUGCGCGUCACCCGGCUCCGUAAAGUGGUCCCACCAUCCGCACCGAAGGGGCGAAACACCGCCGCCAGACGCGCACCUCUCCUCGGUCUGACUCGCAUCAUCCUGCCGGUCUCCACCCCGGUGCUCCAUCACCGCACGCGAACCACAAAACACCGGGAACUGAAGGAAUAAGUGUGAUUUACCGCAAACAUGAAGGACCGCAUGCAAGAACUUAAACAUGGGAAGGAGACGACAGAGGAGGAGGAUGAAGUCGCUGUGGGGAUGGACAAAGGCUUUAUGGAUGAAUUCUUUGAACAGGUGGAGGAGAUCCGGGGUUUUAUUGAGUCUCUGGCAGAGAAAGUUGAGGAGGUGAAGAGGAAUCACAGCGCCAUCCUCGCUUCACCCAACCCAGAUGAGAAAACCAAGGCGGAGCUGGAGGAUCUCAUGGCAGACAUCAAGAAGUUGGCCAACAAAGUACGCUCCAAAUUAAAGAGUAUCCAAAACUCCAUUGAGCAAGAAGAAGGUCAGAACAAGUCAUCAGCUGACCUGAGGAUACGUAAGACGCAGCACUCCACACUGUCUCGUAAGUUUGUCGAGGUGAUGUCAGAGUACAACACCACCCAGUCGGAUUACAGGGAGCGCUGCAAGGGACGCAUUCAGAGACAGCUGGAGAUCACUGGGAGAAACACAACAAACGAGGAGCUGGAGAGCAUGUUGGAGAGUGACAACCCGGCUAUCUUCACCUCCGGGAUCGUUAUGGACAAUAUCACAGAGCAAGCUAUGAAUGAGAUUGAGACACGGCACACUGAGAUCAUCAAGCUGGAAAACAGCAUCAGAGAGCUUCACGACAUGUUCAUGGACAUGGCCAUGCUGGUGGAGAGCCAGGGGGAAAUGAUAGACCGCAUAGAGUACAAUGUGGAGCACUCAGUAGACUAUGUGGAGAGGGCAGUAUCAGACACUAAGAAGGCGGUUAAAUACCAGAGUAAAGCCCGGAGGAAGAAAAUUAUGAUUAUUAUAUGCUGUGUGAUUUUGGGAGUUGUCAUUGCCUCUAUUGUUGGGGGAACGCUGGCUUAAACCUCAACCACAGUCACACAAAGACACACAACCGCACACACAACAGAGCAAAAACACAACCAAUACACAUUUUCUGUUUCAUGUUUUCAUAAAUGCAAAGUUAAAACAUGUUUAGCGCAAGGUGCUUUACAUACCGACACAUUCUGCGCACGGCGUACAGGGCCAGAUGUGUUUUCGCAUGAGUUGCUACUUUGUAAAUGUGUGAUGCUGCUAACGGUUUAUCUGAGUGUUGAAUGUUGUCAACAAUAUAAUGAUGUUUCCAAAAGUGAAUUCUUGAAUAAAAAGUUACUUAGCGACUUGUAACACUAUACUAAUACAUUCCAACUUCCAAAUAUGAGAGUUAUUCAAUUGUAAAGUAUAUUUUGUGUUGUACAGGCAAAAAGAUGGGCCCCUAAUCUGCAGUGUUUUCAGAGCCACGUUAUCUAUAGAUACAUAUUUAUUUUUAUUUUCCUCUCUGUCUCUGAUGUCCUCUACCUCCCUUCAAAAGCUCUGCAUGGUUUGGUUCACCGUAAAGUAGUGUUUAUUUUCUAUUGCAAAGGGGACGACGUGUUGGAUAUUUUGCUUGUAGAAUUGUCACACUGCCAAGUGUCUUUUGUCGUUUAUGAAAGUAAUGUUAACUUCACUCAUCUGGCCUAACCAGUUGUGUUACGACAUGCUCUAUAUUUGUGUGUGAGUGUGUGCAUUGAAAAGAGGAUAUGUUCAUUUGUAGUUUCAUGUUUGAAAGUACUGAGUGUGAGUCGUGGGAUGAGAACAUGAGCGUUUGAUAUUAACCACCUGUGUCUUUGUUUUGUAUAAAGUGUAAACAGACUCUCUAACACUGCCAGUAUGUUCAAAUAAACUGUUCAAAGUCUAGUCUGAUAUGGAUUGGUAAUUAUGUUCUGUAAGUGGCAAACCCUUGUUGUUUUAUGUAUUUUUAUAAACCACAAGCUUUAAACAGAACAUAUCCUUCUGUCAAGCUACUUUAUUUUUAUGAGUGAACAUGGUGCGUCAGUGAAAGCAUGAACUUAAAGUAGCCCUGUCAAAGACUCUCAUGACAAGCACAGACUGUACCCAUGUGACCAUGUUGCCUACUCAACGUGUUGCCUUUGUGUGGUAUUGUAAUGACAUCGUUUUGUUUGUUUAAUAUGAGUUUCUUUUUUAUUUUCAAGUAAAGUUUGUCUGAAAAAUCCCA